GCUUUAUUCUCUGUAUAUCGUUUCAAAUACAUACAGCGCCCUUCUGUGACUUUGGAGGAAAAAAAAAAGGAUUUUGACGCGCAAUGACAUGCAGCGUCGCGGCACGUCACCUCAGCACGGCACGGCGUACGUGCGCGACAGCGGAGGUCCUGACAGAGACAGAGGAGGAAAACAGAGCUUGGAGAUGGAAGUUUGUUCUGAAUUCAAAGAGCAUUCAUGAAGAUAUCCAGGCGGGCUGCCUGCGGUUAGCCGCGCAAAGAGACAGGCGAGAAGGCAGCGUGGAUCUCUUCCAGCAGCCCGGGACGGAGAGGAGAAAAGCGAGUCGGGGGGGUGGGGGGUGUUUUUAAAAAGUGAAAAGAUGAAGCGUGUUCUCCCGGAGCGGCGGCGUGUGUGAUUAUCAAGAACAAGGAGCACAGAUCACUCCCCAAGCAACCCAAGAACGAGGGAGGAGAUUGAAGCGCUAUGACGACGGCUGGUCAGCGAUAGCGAGAGGACGCGCUGCCAUGGAACGGCUGCAGGACGGAGUUUCGGGAAUCGGCACUAAGGAUCGGGGGUUGGGGUUCGAGCCCCAGAGAGGAGGAGGAGGAGGAGGAGGAGGAGGAGGAGGAGAAGUGGUUGCUGUCCAGCAGAUCCACCACAAUAACGGGGAGUCACCCCAGACACUUCCCUGGAAUGGGGAGUCCACAGUGGCAGGCAGCCCAGAGAAAAUAUUGCUCACUGCUAGAGCUGGGCUGGAGGAGGGCGCAAUACAAGGGGAGGUUUAUAUCCAGGAGGGAGGGGGAACUGAGAUUGUCUGUGACGAGACAGUGUUGGAAAUCUAUACCCUGGAGGUAGCAGAAACAGCUGACAUUAUUUCACAAGAUGCAGGAACUGAGGCUAGCUCUGAUGGGACAGUGCAUGCCGAGACCAGCAGGUCUCCACACCGGACAGUCAAUGGGACAGCUUGGGAACUGAGCCCAGGGCUGGAGGAGGACGGGACAGAACCCAACAACAAUAACCACGGAAGCACAGAACCAGAGAGCCUGGCGCCGUCCAGCAGCUACACAGAUCUGUCUCAGACCUCGUCUCCGUCGCUGUGUGAUCAGCUGAAGCUGGGCCGCGAGGAGCCCCCUGGCCCCGGGCUCAACGUUGAGUGUCGGAUCUGCGGGGACAAGGCCUCCGGUUUCCACUACGGGGUGCACGCCUGUGAGGGCUGCAAGGGUUUUUUCCGGCGGACGAUUCGUAUGAAGCUGGAGUACGAGCGCUGUGAGCGGACCUGCAAGAUCCAGAAGAAGAGCCGUAACAAGUGCCAGUACUGCCGCUUCCAGAAGUGCCUUGCCCUGGGCAUGUCCCACGACGCGAUCCGGUACGGCCGCAUGCCGGAAGCAGAAAAGAGGAAGCUGGUGGCCGGACUGCUGGCUGGGGAGACGAGCGUCCAGAACUCGGGGGGCUCGGACCUCAAGUCACUGGCCAAACACGUCUACAACGCCUACCUGAAGAACCUGAACAUGACCAAGAAGAAAGCGCGCAGCAUCCUGACUGGCAGGACCAGCACCAGCUCGCCCUUUGUGGUGCACGACAUGGACACGCUGUGGCAGGCUGAGAACGGGCUGGUGUGGAACCAGCUGAUCCACGGGGCACCCCCCACCAAGGAGAUCGGGGUGCACGUGUUCUACCGCUGCCAGUGCACCACGGUGGAGACGGUGCGAGAGCUCACCGAGUUUGCCAAGAGCAUCCCGGGCUUCGUGGGGCUCUACCUCAACGACCAGGUGACGCUGCUCAAGUACGGCGUGCACGAGGCCAUCUUCUGCAUGCUGCCCUCCCUCAUGAACAAGGACGGGCUGCUGGUGGCCAAUGGCAAGGGCUUCGUGACGAGGGAGUUCCUGCGCAGCCUGCGCCGGCCGUUCAAUGAGAUCAUGGAGCCCAAGUUUGAGUUCGCCGUCAAGUUCAACGCGCUGGAGCUCGACGACAGCGACCUGGCCCUCUUCGUGGCUGCCAUCAUCCUCUGCGGCGACCGACCUGGCCUGAUGAAUGUGAGGCAGGUGGAGGAGAUCCAGGAUAACAUCUUGCAGGCUCUGAACCGGCACCUGCAGGCCCACCACCCCGACUCGCUGUACCUCUUCCCCAAGCUGCUGCAGAAGAUGGCCGACCUGCGGCAGCUAGUGACUGAGAACGCACAGCUCGUUCAAAAAAUCAAAAAGACUGAGUCCGAGACCUCGCUACACCCGCUCCUGCAGGAGAUCUACAAAGACAUGUACUAGAAGAACGAAAAGAAGAAAAUCACAAACACAGAACUGUGAAUUUAUAUAGAUAGAUAUAGAUAUGUGGAUACAGCCAUUACACUGAAACAUCCCAAACCGUCAAACAGCAAGUAAGAGGUGCAGAUUCACUGCUGCUGCGACAAAAUACUUUUAGAAUUAUUAUUAUUAUUAUUAUUAUUAUUAUUAUUAUUAUUAUUAUUAUUACUACUAUUAUUUUAACCAAUAAGGUUUAGGUGUUAAAUUGUGUCCAGACUAGCACAGCAAAAGUGUUCUGAUGUCCUUCAAGCUAAACAAAACAAAAUGGCCACGAGCAGAAUUGAAAGGCUGGGGUAGUUUGGACAUUUCAGUUACCCUUUUAAGGGCCUGCUUUUAAUGCAUCUAGAAAUGUGUUCUGAGAGGUUUUGAAGGUAUUAGCAAGGAGAGUGUAUUACAGUAUCAGUGUAAAGCUCCUGUAAUUAUGAGGUCGUUAUAAUGCCUUCAUUACAUGGCUGUAUCACGAUAUUUCAACAAUAUCAAAUAACUCCUUUUAUAACACAUAUAUAGAUGCGUUUGUCACUGGGUUAGGACUCUGUAAUGGUACAGGAUUGAGACCUGCCCCAUUAGACAGUGGAACCCCUCUCUAUUGCAGCCUCUGAUUUUAAGUGGGCUCCCUCUGUUCCAAAUUGGAAGAGACUGGCGUAGAGUGGUUGGUAAUGACAAGCCGGUUUUUCUGAAGAACUUACUGUAACAGUGGUUAUGGCUCUUUCGGUCCAUUCCAACCAGAUCCUUAAUGACUUCAUAAUUGCAUACCUAGGUUCUAUUGAACAAUGAAUGUCCUGCUUGGAACAGGGCUCUGGAAUGCUCAGUUGAAUAUUAAGGACAUGAUUGGAACAAGGUCCUGUGCUGGAAUGGAUCGAUAGAGCGCUAUACGUCCGGUUUCUCUUAUGACAGGCUGAACGGUCCGCCCCCUCCUCCCCUCCCCUCCUCAGCACUGGUGCAAGACGCUUUAGAAGCACAAAUACUGCGGUUUAAUCCAAGUUUACUUCAGAGUCAUUGGUUUACUGAUUUUAAUUUUUUUUUGUAUUUAGUUGUUUUCAGCACAGGGUGUUUGGAAGUGGGUUUUCAAAGUGGUGAAUUGGUCUCCUUUCAAGGCCAUCUCGGCCAUCGUGCACUAGGGAUCUGGGAUCAAUCCGUGGCAUUUCAAAGGACUUGUGUUUAGGAAGUGAGCGUACACCUGUGACUGUGUGACGAUUCCGUCUGAGUUCCCAUUCUGCUCCUACCUUUAGGUCUUCCAGAUCAGCUUUGCGUUUGCUGGUUUCUUCCGCUCUCCAGAAGCCCUCGCUCGCUCCUUCCAAUGGACAGUGAGGCCUAGUGGAAAGCUGGGGACCGAAUUUCUAAAAACAUGAAGAACAAAAAAAGUUCCAAUGAACUGUAACGAAGCUUAAGAGAGAUCAUGAACUGACAAGACAGUAGAAUAACAUUUAGGUUUUUAAAUUGUUAAAGAAAGUGAUAUUUAUACAGUCCUUGCUGAUCAGCAGGCUCAACAUGUCUUGCAUCUGUGUGCAGGUAAAAAAAAAGUUUAUGCUUAGCCAAUGACUUUCAACUGGGACGAACCCUCAAAUGCAGUGUCUGCCCGAGUUACUGAAACAGAACUUCAGCGUGUAAACGGUCGCAUAACACUGUUUGGAUUGAAUGCCAAACUAUAAUGCGAUCAGACAGAGCUCAGAAGUCGCAGUAAGGGUUACAUCUGCUGGGUCUGACACUGCCUGGCAGUAUUUUUUCAUUUGAGGAAAAAGGAAAAUUGAACAGGGAAAAAUAAAGUAAAACUGACAAACUAGCUAACUAAGCCCAGAUCAUUGGCAGUCAAGGGCAGUCAGGUGACACAAGUGUGUCGUGGAUUGUCUAAAUGUAUUACUUUUUUUUAGUUCUUUGUUUUAACUAACACUGCAAUGUAAUAUUAAAACUACUGCAAAUGACAGAAUGAACAAAGAUACAAUCAGUCCAUUAGUAAAACUCUACUGCUUCACUCCCUUAAAUCUUACCUCUACAUUUCUGCCACCCUGGCCCAGGUUCAUGACAAUGUAAAAUAAUCGUGGUGUAUUGUUUUAAAUACACAGAUUUGUCUUAAAUAUACAGUAAGUAUAUUUAAUUGUGUGCUGUUUUUGUAUGUGUAGUAAAUAAUAAUGUAGGCUUGUGCUACAGUCUGUAGCAGGUUUGCUGUUUGAAUGUGUGUGCAGGGGAGAAUACCGAGCUAGACUGGUGUUGUAAAGUACAUACAAACAAAGCAGAAUUCCUGCUCCGCUACCGUGACUGAUUCCGACACUGAGCCCUGUAGCAUGCCCGUUCCAAAGGGUAACUAAACUAUCACAAGAACGCAUCUACUGAAGGUCAGCUGCAUGAAGAUAUUCGACUUGAGGGGUUCACAGAGUUUCACUCCGGCUGCUCGAUUUAAUAUAUAUAUAUAUAUAAUAUUAUUAUCAGGGACGCUGCUAACAAUGUGUCUGUGGAAACUGGGUCUUGUCUAAUAAAGGAGCACUGUACAUGCAAACUGUGUAACCACA